AUGAAGACUACGUGGAAGGAUAUUGCGCCAGUGCCCACAAACCAGGAGUUCCUGGAUAUUGUCCUGAGUCGGACUCAGCGACAGUUGCCCACACAGAUUCGUGCUGGUUUCAAAAUCAGCCGUAUCAGAGGAUUCUACACCCGAAAGGUCAAAUAUACCCAGGAGACUUUCUGUGAAAAGUUCCAGGCUAUCCUCGAUGGAUUCCCUCGUCUGCAGGAUAUUCAUCCUUUCCACAAGGAUUUGAUGAACACUCUCUACGAUGCCGACCACUUCCGUAUCGCUCUUGGUCAAGUCUCGACCGCCAAGCACCUGAUUGAAACCGUUUCUCGCGACUACGUCCGUCUUAUCAAGUAUGCGCAGUCUCUGUUCCAGUGCAAGCAGCUCAAGCGCGCUGCGCUCGGUCGUAUGGCCACCAUCUGCCGUCGUCUUAAGGACCCUCUUGUCUACCUGGAGCAGGUCCGCCAGCACUUGGGUCGUCUGCCCUCAAUCGACCCCAACACUCGUACUCUCCUAAUCUGUGGAUACCCCAACGUUGGAAAGUCGAGUUUCCUGCGCAACAUUACCCGCGCAGAUGUCGACGUUCAGCCUUAUGCUUUCACCACCAAGAGUUUGUUCGUCGGUCACUUCGAUUACAAGUACCUCCGCUUCCAAGCCAUUGAUACCCCCGGAAUUCUGGACCACCCCCUUGAGGAGAUGAACACCAUUGAAAUGCAGUCCAUCACCGCAGUUGCCCAUUUGCGCUCCGCUAUCCUCUACUUCAUGGAUCUUUCCGAGCAGUGUGGUUACUCUGUCGGUGACCAGAUCAAGCUCUUCCACAGCAUCAAGCCUCUUUUCGCCAACAAGAUUGUGUUCAUUGUUAUCAACAAGAUCGAUGUGCGCCGUCCCGAGGAUCUGGAGCCUGAGUACCAGGAGCAGCUCCAGGAGAUCCUCAAGGCUGAGGAUGUCGAGAUGCUGCAGGCUUCUUGCACCACCACCGAGGGUGUGACCGCUGUCAAGAACGCUGCCUGUGACAAGCUUCUCGCUGAGCGUGUUGCCCAGAAGCUCAAGUCUGGCUCUAACAACGCCACUCCCGGUGGCCGUCUCGGUGACGUUCUGUCCCGUAUUCACGUUGCCCAGCCCAUGGGUGGUGUCCGUGAAAGCUUUAUCCCCGAGGCCGUCAAGGAGCUCAAGAAGUACGACAAGAACGACCCCAACCGCCGGAGACUGGAGCGCGACCUCGAGGAGGAGAACGGUGGUGCUGGUGUCUACAGCUUCGACAUGCAGCGCGACUACACUCUGGCAGACAAGGAGUGGAACCACGACAAGAUUCCCGAGGUGUGGAACGGCAAGAACAUCUACGACUUCGUGGACCCGGACAUCGAGACCAAGCUCGCUGCCCUCGAGGAAGAAGAAGAGAAGCUCGAAGCCGACGGUUACUACGAGUCGGACGAAAGCGUGGAAGAUGCCGAAGACGCCGACACCCGCAUGAAGGCCGAUCUGAUCCGCGAGAAGCGCGUGCUCCUCCGCAACGAAGCCAAAAUGCGCAAGUCGCUCAAGAACCGCGCCGCCAUCCCUCGCAGUGCCAAGGCCAAGAAGCUCUCCGAGAUGGAGAAGGGUCUGGACUCUGCCGGCUACGAUAUCGAUGCCGCUGGCUCCCGCGCCCGGAACCAGAGCCAGGCCCCCCGUGGCCGCACCUCCACCCGCGAGGAAACCCGUGACGAUGACGCCAUGGACAUCGACACUCCCCACAAGGCCCUUGCCCGCGCUAAAAGCCGUGCCCGCAGCACACCUGCCACUGACCGUCGCCAUGAUGGUGUUACUAGCAUUGGUAACCGCGACAAGGCUGAGCGUAUGGCCAAGCUAGGCCAGAAGAAGAUGAACCGUAUGGCCCGUGCCGGUGAGGCUGAUCGUCACACGACCGCCUCGCUCGCCAAGCACUUGUUCUCCGGAAAGCGUGGUAUGGGCAAGACGGACCGUCGUUAA